AUGACACGGGCAGGGGACACAAGCACCUGUGUCUGCCUUACAAAUCCCGACCUCAACCUCCUGGAACCCUGGCCGCCCUGGGACACGUGUUCACCUCCUUUCUCCAGUGACACCGAGACCCCAGCUCCCUCCUGCCCAGUUCCCCGGUACAAGGGGGUCAGUGUUGACCCUAGCACCCAGCCUGCAUGGAAAGGCCGCCUGGAAAGCUUCCGAAGAGCACUGGAAAAAGAGUCCAAAGAGCCUGAGUUCCAGCCAGGCCAGCCUGAACUACACAGCGAGUCUGAGGCCAUCCGGGACUACACAGUGAGACCCUGUAUUGAAAAUCAAACAGAACAGAGCCGGAGUUCUAGUCUUCCUCUGACACUUUCAGCGGCGGGUCACAAUAACCCCAGAGGUCCUGCCCAGGAUCCGUGCCUGCGCGGGUCUGGGGUCCCAGUUGCACCCCGGCCGGGAUCACAUUGUCGGGUAUCUGAGCACAAGUCUCGAGGGCUGGAUUUCCACCCAUUAACACUCCAGAGAGACUCCUUUUCAUGGCUUCUCACCAUGGUUACGGAGAUCAUGGCACCAACAAUGCAAUGUCACUCAACCUGCGACUGUCCUGCUCCAAGACCCAGUGCUCCAGCCCUCGCGGCCACGGGAUCGCCUCCUCUUGAAGAUUUUACCUCCCUGGAUGCCCCCAAGUAGUGAUGAGGCCCACCUGUCCAACCUACCUUCUCUACUUAGGGAAAAUGCCCACCUAACUAACUCUUCCCAAAGUAGAUUCCUGGGAAUCACAGUGCAAGCUGUCUCCAAGCACAGCACCUCAUUCAUGAGAGUGACUGGGUAACCUGCAGCCUCUACCCAGAGCAAUAAUAACCUGAGCUCUGAUGACCAGGGUGAUAGCAGAGACAAGAGCAAGAAAAGAUACACCAAAGCCCAGGAGCACAUGCUCUUAGACCUGCUUUUUUGUUGUUCUUCCUGACAUUACUGCAUGCCUGACUGCCAGGCUGGUUCUAUGUGACCGUCCCUCAGGGUCACAGGGACCCUCAAAUGCUCCAAAGAAGGCUGGUGUCACGGCAAACAAGUUAGCCUUAUAAAAAUAGUCAGGCCGGGCAUGGUGGG